UACUCGUCGCCAGGCUUCAUCUUUCUCCAGCUUUUGUACUGCUCGGCUGCCUCGAUUCGUCCUCACCUGCAUCCGGGACAAGAAGCCCAGGAAUUUGAGGACGAUUUCGGCACCGACGGGUUUCCAGAACGGGACGAACUCUCUUGGCCAGUAACGAAGGCACCAACUAUCAGCGAUUUCUUCGGUUCGCCGGGUGUUGAUCUGUGGUAUGGGGUGCUGGAUGACCCAAUCGUCAGCAACAUCGACACAUCUCCAAUGAUUCCACCGGUUGCUGGGGCAGACAUAGAGGGACAAACCCUAACUCGUGUUCACCCACCGACUGGCGUGGUUCGUGGAGAGCAUGAAGUGCCCGGCUCCGGUACACUGCCAGCACUUGCAUCAACAGUCGCCGAAGUUGGUCUAGCACCAACUGUUGAGCUUAGUGUUACACGUACUGAUGACCCUGCUGAAAGAUCCGCUGUCUGCGUGCUUUCGACGGAGUUUUGGAGUCCUUCCUCUGCGCAUCGUGGCAACCGGGCAAGCAUGGACUCCUGGAACGUAGAUGUUGGUACGUUUCGUGGUGAGAUGCAGUCCUCGCCAGUUGCAUGCCUGGUUACUGAUCCAGCCAUUCAGCUCCCUGUUACUGCCCCCACGCAUAACAAUCCAUCGUCUCGCAAAUACAAGCUGAUUGAUGGCGCUAAGCGUGGUAAGAGGAUAGCUGAGACCGGUUCAAGCAGCGUCGGGGGGCUCGCGGACGCUCAAAGGAUGAUCGCAUGUGCCAACAUUGUUUCACAAGGAAGACGAGGCAAUGGCGCUUAGGCACGCGGGAGAAGAGCCCCCUGUGCAACGCUUGUGGGAUCCGACUGAUCAAGAACGGAGAGCUACAUCCAGAGUAUCACCUAGCAGCAAGCGAGACAUUCGUCGGUGCGAUCCACUCAAACAUCCAUCGUCGAGUGCUCGAGCUACACAGUGAGAACCAAGGCACGGACGGGAGUAGCAGCUCCACCGGCGAGACGGCAGCUUGACAGGUGUGUAAAGGUAAGCAGUCCGCCAUGCAACGAACGUAAACUAGCAGUAAGCAUAUAUGCCUAUGUUGGAAGACCCAGAGCCCAUUCGUUUUUGUCAUUUUGGGGCUGAAGAACAAUAUAUCAUGCUGGGUACUUUACGUCUGGGAAGCAUCUUUCCCAUAACAUUUGCUUGUCGUGUCGAUGUGUUGUUUUAUUAGGAAGUGAUGACUUUCGUGUUACCUUUGUGAACUGAUCGUA